CGAAGAGAAAGGGCAAAAAAGAAAAGAAAGGAGAGGCUCUUUAGUCUGACGCCUUUUGCGUUCAUUAAUAGGCCGCUAGACUCCAGCAGCAGUAGCUGGAGUCAUGUUCUAGAUCCACUCAAACUCUGAGCCGGGCUACCUGGGGUGAUUGAUUUGUUAUUUGUAAUGUCAGGAGUAUCCCCAGCUGAACUGUUAGCUGUACAGAGCACCAAUAGGGAAAGUCAGCCACCAGUAGCAGUACACACUAUAUUAAAGGGGUCACCAUCAUCCCCAGGCAGCAGCAGUAUAGGCAGCAACUCCAGCACUACCUCCAGUAAUAUAUCAUCCAGUUCUUCAAACUCACUGCCUGCCAGCCACACCUCCCUCCCUCCCCCUCCUCUCUCCACCUACUCUCCCUCUACUACUGAAGUGGACGUGUCUCGUUUGGAGAGGGUCAGUUUUGGUUCCUGUUCCUCCGUUCCCAUUCCCAUACCAAUGCAAACUGCACUCAUGGCCCAUACUGAGGCUAGCUCCUCCCCCUCGUUAGAUAUCAAUGAGUUAUUGACUAACGUCUCGUCCUCUGGUGCUCAGAUACUCCACAACACCAACGGGAGGUCCUUCCUACUAGCACCAACUACUGUUGGUCCUGACGACUCCAAUGGUGCUUACAUUAACUGGUUGUACGAUCUUUAUGCACCUAAUACUGGCGGUAGCCCUGGAAUGAGUCAUAAACAUGAAAAGGUCCGUGCUACCCUCUCGUCCACCAGUGGUGGUUCCAUGAUUCAAGUUGGGACCCCGCCCACCCCCCAGUCCAUAUCAGUCUCUCCUGAUAUUGGAGUCAUGAUACCAACAAAGACAGAGGACUCACCCCCAUCCUGUGGGGGGCCUGUCCUCUCCUCCUCUGCCCCUGCCUCCACUGAUGGGGCUACACUCAUGUCCAAGGAGAUAGAGUUCCACAAGGAGCCGUUAGCAGUCUUCAGAGCUCAGGAGAGAUACCUCAUUAUACUAGGAGCACCAACCUCCAUAGCACAGAGACAAGGAGAAGACACACUGACUUACCUCAAUAAAGGCCAGUUCUACAGUAUAUACUUCAGAGCUAAUAACGAGAUGGUUCUUCCUAGCCAGGCUAAGAGUGUCAUUCAUUUAUCAUUUCUUGAUGAGUCAGACAGGACCGUGGAGCAGUCUCACUGGCAGUACUGGUACGAGCUACAAGCUAACCCUAACCAGAAAGCAUUUGAUAUUGAUCGUAAGAAUUGUGAAGGUCUGAUUGAGAAACCACUUGAUCUUGGAUAUAACGCAGCUUCUUUCAUAUGGGACCCAAGAUUAGGAGCUAGGGUUGUGUUACGUAUUAACUGUCUGAGUACUGAGUUCUCUGGUCAAAAAGGAGUAAAAGGUCUUCCGUUACAUGUGGUCGUUGAUACUUAUGAGUUUCAAGAUAAUGACAGAAUGACAGAACAUGAUGAACCAUCACACAGAGCUUACUGCAGGGUUAAGAUAUUCAGAGACAAGGGUGCUGAGCGUAAGAAUAAAGACGAGACCAAGAGUGUUGAGAGACGGCUCCAGAAGUUCAUCCGAUCCUAUAACUCCGUUAAUUUGGACUCUGAGAUUGGACCAGCGACAGUGUUCCAUCCUCCAUGUAAGGAGACCACACUGACUCCCACUAGCACCUUUGGACCAAAGCCCUUCCUUUUUAAAGUGAGUGACAUGAGGGGCGGGGCCAGUCACCCCCAGGAGGGCGCGGUCCUUUCCUCAAACUCGGCAAAAUCCUCCUCAACAUUUCUUGAGAACAUAAAGGAACGAGAAAUGAAGAGGAGUUUCACACGAACUCUGACCCAGACUAAAGAAGACCUUGACCAGUUGGAGGUUGGGCCGAGAAACAAAUCGAAAAGAAUCAACACUCAACCAAUGACGACCAUAUAUGUACGUAAGGAAGAGGAGAAGGUUUACAAUGCACUGUCACUCCGUGAACUGACAGUAGAGGAACUUAAACACCAAAUAUCUAACAAAUACGACAUCCCUGAUGAGAUGAUUCACUUCAUCUACAAGAAGACAAAGAAAGGGCUGAUAGUCCGAUUUGACGAUGAGCUAGUGACACGAUUUGAAGACGAAGAUGACUUUAUCAUUGAUCUUGAUUUCGACAAUCAAAAAGGUCAUUUUGAUCUCUACAUCAGAUAUUAACUUUAUAACAGUGUGUCUUCAAACCACCAUCUUUCAAUUCAUCAUCUACUCCUGUAAAUAAGUUGAGACUUCUGCCCUACCUCCCUCCCUCUCUCUCUCUCCCAUGGUCUCUAUUCUUCUUCUUCAUGACUAUGCACCUGUUGAUUGAUUCUUCCGUUUUUGUGAAGUCUUUUAAACACCACCGCAUGUAUUAUUAAUUGACAAGAGGCGAGACCACACCCCUCACUAAUUAACCCUCCCUCUUCACAUCUCCAUUUUAUGGAGAUUUUUAAUAUUAUUAUCAUUAUUAUUAUUAUUAUUAUUAUUUUAUUGUUGGUACAUGUGAUAAACAGAAUUUAUUUUUCGGUUUCAAACUCCUCCCCCUUCUCUCUCCCUUUCCCAAUCUCUUGUUCAUCUACUUACACUUCAUUUGCACACUAUAAGGAACAUAAUAUUAUAUUAAUUAUAAUUAUUGUUGCUUUAAAAUUAUUACAUAUAUAUAUGACCUAAAACCCCUCUCUCUUUUCUCUCUCUCUCUUUCUGUUUUAUUUUGUUUCGUUUUUGAAGCACCUCCUCCCCCUCUCUCUCUCUGAUUGUUUGUGACCAUGUUGCUCAAAGUUAUAAUUAUUUGUGAACUUGGUCUGUUUAAAAUAAUAUUAUAUAUAAUGUA